AUGAUGAUUGCCAGCUUCCCUAAUACUACUUCCGGCGGCGGCAAAGAAGACGCGGGGGAGAAGAAGAACACAAAGAAGGAACCCCACAAACCGCACGCCGGCGCGUGUUCCACUUGGAUCGACGACGAAAUCGAAAUGAUGCCGGAGGAGUUGCAAAACGUCAUGCCGAGACCGUCGUGUUGCGAGAAAGACGAAGCGGAGCAGAGAGAAGCGUCGAGAUUGAUUAAAAUUCUUAAAGGCGUCGACCGAGUGCAAUUGAAAGCGGACGCGAAGGCGCAGUUUAUUGUCGGGGAUGACGCGCAUCAGCAGCAGCAGCAGCAGUUUCUUCUUCUUCAACAACAACAACAACUACAACAACAACAGACGAACGAAGACGAAGACGAAGAUUCAGAUUUCGGGAACACGGACGACGAAGACGAGGAGAGCGACCCGUAUUUGAGAGAAUUAAAAGCGGCGAGAAUUCGGGAGAUGCGUCUGAACGCGAUGAAAGCGGAGCAGAUGCAAAAGCAGGCGGAAUACGUGAACGCGCGCGAGAGGGAUCUCGGCGAUAUCUUGAAAAAGAACGCGAAAGUGUUGUGUCAUUUCACCUUAGACGGCGUAGACGAGUGUGCGAGAAUAGACGAAGUUUUAGAUAACUUGGCGAAAGCGUUUCCAAAGACGAAGUUUGUGCGAAUUCGACCGGAAUUAGGAUCGAAAUCGCCAACUUUACAAAUGUGCAACGUCUCGCAGCCGCCAGCCAUCGUGUAUUUCAAAAACAGAAGACUCUCCUCGUGGACGAACGGGUUCGAUCAGUUUGGCGGAAGAAACGGGUUUUCAGAAGAGAGCGUGACGAAAUACAUCGCUGGAAUUGGCGCUUUACCUGGCCAUCCAGACGCGCCCAGAAGGAAUAGCGGAGCGAAGGGGAGCAGAGAAGAGGACGAGUACGCCUAUUUCGACAGCGACGACGACGGCGAACGCUCGGACGACGGCGACGACGAAAUCUUUGGUGCGAACGAACCGUGCCCUGAUUGUGGAAGAACCUAUCCACACAAGCACAUUCGUGCGUUAAGGCCAGGUGGGGAAGGAGCAGCAGAAGAAGAGAGCGAUGAAAACGCGGACUCAGAUUGA